CUCGCCAUGAAUAACCUCCUGCGGGCAUUGGCCUCGAGCCAUACCGAACUUCACCUACAGAACGCGCCGAACGCGCUCGCAAACCCGGAUCUACGCCUAUUGUACAACACCGUCAAGGAAGCGCGUCGCCAACAAUAUGACAAGCUUUCCGAUGCGUUUUACGAGUCCCUGGAGGCGUUCCUCCACGACCUUCGCACAGUUACCAUGGACAACCGCGAUGCGGAAGCCUUUCUUAAACCCGUGGCUAAGGCUGAAGCGCCAGACUAUUACGAUGUGAUCGCGAAUCCAAUGGACCUUGGCACCAUGCUCAAGAAAGUCAAGAACAAGUCUUACAAGUCCAAGCGCGAGUUUCAGGAUGAUCUUGACCUUAUAUGGUCCAACUGUUUCACCUACAAUGCUACAGAGAACCACCCUCUGCGACAGUGUGCUUCUCGUCUCAAAGAAAAGGCAGACAAGCUCCUUAGGCACAUAACUGACCGCAAGGACCGCAUUGACCCUGACAUCCCUGCGAACCUCGCCCUCGCUCUGCAAUCGUCGGCGACAGCAUCCUCCUCUAAGUCUGCCUCUGCAGGCUCUCCAAACGACAGAGCUGUCGCGAAUGGCAAGAGCAAGUCGCCGUCCUCCUCACCCGCGCCACCGCCGGUCAACGGUGUUAAUGCUAACGGCCAUGUCCACGCACCUUCUAUAUCUCCCGGACCGUCGUUCUCCCAGCGACCCCUUUCACCUCGCCCUUUAGUCCCACAUACAUCAGCCCGGUCUACGUCUCCCGUCAAGACCGCCAUCGCCCAACCCCGACACAAGGCCUCGUCCUUCGCUGACUCUCCCGCGCUGAUACGCACUCCGGCAGGGAUGGCCACCUUCGCCCGCCUUGACGCCGGCCUUGACGCCGGCCCCUCGCGAGAAUGGAGAAUGGGCAUUCGAGAAUAUGUACCCGAGGCGUUCGAGGGUGAAGAAUCCGAUGUGGUCGUCAAAGAUGAAGACCACGAUGAGAUGGACGUGGAUGACGCUAGCCAGCUCGGAUACAAGCGGAAACUUAGCAGCCAUUCGCAAACGCGACCGCGUAAACGAUCUCGUCCACGCGCGGAGAUUGCUGAGGCUAGCCAGCGCGAGCUCGACAUAUGGUGGAAUGCCGUCGGCAGCGACGCGUUCAUCGCAAACGGCCUGCCACCUACAUAUCACACGCUAGCUGACGAAGAGCCUUCAACUUCAGGGCGAUUGACGAAUAUCGGAAGUACACCAGCGGACCAGGUCCGAAACGUGCGGAUCCGGGACCCGCCCCGGUCACCACUCAAAUCGAAAGCAACAUUACCCAAGUCGCCAAAAAAGCGGAAAGCUGCUCCCAAAGACCCGCAAAAGGUCAAGGAAGGGGCGAAAGGUAGCUUGCUUACGAUCAUGGACGACAACAUUCGGACGAUGCGCCGAGUUCGUCAAGCGCAUGGGAAGCUUCUGGAGUUCAAAGAAAGUCAGGCGAACGAGGAUGGUGCUGAAGGAGAAGAUGGGAUCGGUGGUCCCAACGUUGGCGGCAAGGCACUGGCAGUAACUGCGCCAGGUCCAGGAGUGCCACCUGCUUUGGAAGACGUCGCUGAAGAGGAGGAACCAAGGGCGACCAGGAGAUGGCGGCCUACGUACGUGGUAUCAGGUUCAGAGCAGCGUCCAAACGGGCAGGAUUCGGGAUCUAUCGGUGUACUGUCGCACAUGGGCCAGGCCAAAGGGGAGAAUGCAGCGGCGACUUCUCAAGAUCGGCAUCCGAAGCCCGCUAGCGACGUGGAAAUCAACGAGCAAGCCGCUGAGCAAUGCCUGAAUUGGAUGAGUGGCAAGGUUUUGGAGCACGUUGGGUUCCAAGGUACCUCCAAGGUCGCUCUUUCUGUAAUCUCGAGCGUAGCCUCGGAAUACCUCUUCAACGUCGGACGAACGAUCCGAUAUCUCUCGGACAAGUACUCACAUCGGAUGUCCGCUGAGGAAAUCAUACUACACACGCUCUUCGAGUCCGGCACUAAUCGCGUUCAAGACUUGGAACGUUAUAUUACGGACGAUAUCGUUCGCCAUGGUACCAGGAUGAGCGAGCUCGAGAAACGACUCGAAAGCGCGUAUGCGGAAGCGACCGCGGGUGAAACGUUCGUUGACGACGAUGCCUUAUUCGGGAAGGAAGAGGACGAGAACGAAGACGGUGCUUUUGUCAUGGGCAACUUCACAGACGCAUUGGGCGAGGACUUCCUGGGUCUUCGCGAGCUCGGUAUCGCGGAUGAGUUUGGCUUGUCCAGUCUCAGCGUACCGAAGAAGCUGCUCAAAGCAAAGAACCGAGCAGAACAAGCGGCGGCCGCUGCCGCCGCGAAGCCCGCGGAGCCUCCGCUGCCUUUUCCUCCCCCGCCUCCCUUCAUACCACUGGAUUCCACCCGAAUCGACGAUCAGAUCGGCUUACUCAGAUCGUACUAUCAACGUCGCGUUCAAGCAAUCAAGCCCAACGUCCCGGUGCCCUUGCCGCCUACAAUGGGCACAUCCUUACUGCCUCCCCCUCCACCCGGCAUAUACGGCGUUUCAAGUCCGCUGUUGCAACCUCCGAUGCCACCUCCAAUACCACCGCUCGUUGUACUGCAGGACGAUCCAAUAGAUUCGGCGCAAACGAAAAUUGGUCCUAUUGGUCAGAUCACGAAACCCACCGGGACGUCAGGCGGGGCGAAGAAGAAGAGCAAGGGCAAGGACAAAGAACCCAAGGACAAGGGAAGCGAACCUGGUCCAAAGGAGGCAGACGGAGGCCCCGCUGGGGACGUUGCUAUGAGUCCUACUGUCACGUUUGUGGGGGAAGAAGCGAGCGGCAUGUCCCCGGUGAUGGGCGCGGAGGCGACGAAGAGAAAGAAGACUGGCGGUGGUAGUGCGGGUGCGACUCCAGGCGCCUUGGGAACAGGUGCGAAGAGGAAGGGGAAGGGUCUGGAUCCACCAGCACCAAUGGUCAUGGCCAGUGCGUAGGCGACGUGGGGGGAACAUUCCGGUACCAGAUCUAUGACAUUCGGAGCCCAGAUGACAUGGAAGAGCCAGCCGCUGGUCUUGUCUGUGCAAAUGACACGGCGCAGGGAGGGCACUAGUAUUAAUACUCGGAGGCCUCAUAUUCCGCCUUGCGAGACGGUGCUGUAUCAGCGCGGCGUGUAUUAUUAUAUCCGACCAUUACCUACAGCAUCGUUAUCUACGAGUUAUUUGGUACUUAUUUACU